AGUUAAAAGUAUGCAGCCACUUGCCCUUCCAUCGUCUCUCUCUCUCGACAAACAGCAGCCAUGUCUCUCUCUCUCUUCUCUCUCUCAACAAAUAGCAGUGUUCAUUAUGAUCUUUUCUUCCUCUCUUGCGCAAAACCAAUAGCCACCACCCUCCACAGUCUCUCUCAUAUUUCUUAGAUUUCAAGAUCUUCAUUUUGGGGGAAGCUGGGGGUGGCUUUUGGGGAAGCUGUAGUGGAAACGUGGAGCAGAGGCGCGGUGGGGAGAGUAAAGGAAGUCUAAGGAAGGGCACAAUGGAGCUUCGGUGGCUUGCUGGAGCUGCAGUGGAAGCGUGGAGAAGAGCUGCGGUGGAGGAGUGAAGCAGAGUGAAAGCUGCGGUCUAAUUUGGGAUCGAAUGCUUUCGGUGUUUAGGGAAAACCGCCUAGACGCCCGAACCGCCCAGAUGGGAGCCCAGGCGGCCACCUAAGGCCUCCGAUUACCCCUUACUCGCCUCGGUCUCUUGCCGCCCAGCGCCUGGGCGGCCAUUUUUUAGAACACUACCCUCUAUCAUCUCAUCAAACCCAAAAAUUAUAAGCAGAUCCCUCUUUCCUACAUCUACUACUACAACGAUAAGGCCUUCUCCAACUUUUUCAUCAAAACCCAUCAUCAAUUCCAAUGCUCUCAGAGGAUUGACUAGAUGGCCAAAGAAAAAAGCUUGAGCAACAUGUUCUGUGGCACUGAUGAUCAGUCUGGGUUUUGGCCAUGGUUUGAACAACAACAAUUCAAUUGAUGAUCAGCAUUCAAACGCAAUUCUGUGCCAACCAAUUCCAUAGCAUCAAUUGAAUCCCAACCAAUCUCAAAAGGAAAUUUAUUAACCACGAAAAUGGCAGAACCAUAAAGAUGAGUCGAACUUAAUAAAGAGCGACAAAAAAAAAUUGAACCGAAGUGGAACUGGAGUUGAAGUAAAAUGAAGAAAGGCCUUUGGUUCAGAAGAGAGACACGGAGGUUGAAGAUUAGAAGAGAGAGAAAAAUACCUUCAUUGGUGGAGGAGAAAGGAUGUUGUCCGCAUUGAUUUUUGAGUGUCAAUCACUAUGUGGCACUAUUCUAGACCAUUAGAUAUUGUUUUUAUGCGUGUCACUACCUAGUCAAAAGCUUAGGUAGGUUAGGUAGAUUAGGAGAGGAUCCUCUCCCCUUCAAUUAUAUCUCUUCCUUCAUUGAAGCCAAUCCAUCUGAAACAUACCCACCUGGUGUAGGCUUGAGCAUUUACAACAUGAGUUUAAAGGCACCAAAUGUACAAGACAUGGUGAGGAGUGACCCUUUUCACAUCCCUGAUUCAUUCCUUGCAGUCAGGAAUGAAGAAGACGAGCCAAAGAGUGUAGAUGCGUCUAGUGAUCUCUGUUCUGAGAUUCCUAUCAUUGAUUUUACUCUGCUUUCGAAAGGGCAGAAGGAGGAGCUUAACAAACUGGACCUGGCUUGCAAAGAAUGGGGAUUCUUUCAGGUGGUAAACCAUGGAGUAGAAACACAGGUGUUGCAGGGAAUGAAGGAUGCUGCUGCGAAAUUCUUUGACCUUCCAUUAGAAGAGAAGAGCAAAAUUAGUAUGUCAUUGGAUAAGUUUCAAGGCUACGGGCAAGCCUAUGCUGCUGCCAAAGGGCAGACCCUUGACUGGUCUGACACACUGUUUCUCAGUGUUUAUCCAUCUCAUAGUAGAAACCUUGAGUUUUGGCCAACAUCACCAAAAGGAUUCAAGGAAGCAAUUGAGGCAUAUUCUACUGAAGUUAAAAGGAUUGGAGAGGAGCUCUUAGGGUCUAUCUCUCAAAUUAUGGGGAUGGAGAAGGAUGCUCUUCUUGGAUUUCAUCAAGAGUUGGUCCAAGUUUUUCGUGUGACCUACUAUCCUCCGUGCUCCAAGCCAGAUAAAGUACUAGGCUUAAGUCCACACUCCGACACAAGCACCAUAACCAUACUCAUGCAGGAAGAUGAUGUUACCGGAUUACAUAUUCGAAAAGAAGGAAAAUGGGUGCCGGUAGAGCCAAUUCCAAAUGCUUUCGUUGUGAAUGUCGGAGAUAUGAUUGAGAUAUGGAGUAAUGGGAAGUACAAGAGCAUUGAACACAGAGCUGUGACGAACAAAAGCAAGGCAAGAUUAUCUUAUGCAACAUUUAUAAUUCCACGUAACGAUGUUGAAAUUGGACCAUUUAAUCAUUUAGUGGACCAGUCAUCUCGAAAGUACAAGAAAGUCAUAUACGGAGAAUAUUUGAGGAGUUCCUUGAAGGGAAAACUUGAGGGGAAGUCGCACACUGAAACAGCAAAGAUCGGAAGUUAAGCCGCAGAUGUUUUAAUUUU